GCCUUGUUUAUAAGCACCAGCAGCGGAGAAGGAGAACAAUCAUUUUAAAGCAAAAGCAGACCAGAAGGAAAGAGAAGAAGAUAGAAGGAAUUCCAGAGAGAGAGAGAGAGAGAGAGAAGGGUCUCUGUAGAGGCAGAGAUGCAAACCCAGAAGCAGACAUGGGAGCAGCAGCAGCACCAGCCACAGGUGCAAGGAGUCAAGAACUCGGAGAACAUCAGCCAUAACGAGAGCCAGAGAAAGGAUGACAAGGAAGAAGAGAUGUCAAGAUCGGCUCUUACUUCGUUCCGAGAAAAGGAAGAAGAAAUCGAGAGGAAGAAGAUGGAGGUGAGGGAGAAGGUUCAGGCUCAGUUGGGUCGUGUGGAAGAAGAAUCAAAGCGUUUGGCAGAGAUUAGACAAGAACUUGAAGCUCUGGCUGAUCCAAUGAAGAAGGAAAUUGGUUUAUUACGUAAGAAGAUUGAUGGAGUGAACCGAGAGUUGAAGCCACUGGGACAGACCUGUCAAAAGAAGGAGAAGGAAUACAAAGAAGCCCUUGAAGCUUUCAAUGAAAAGAACAGAGAAAAAGCUCAACUAAUCACCAAAUUAAUGGAGCUACUAAGCGAGAGCGAGAAACUGCGGAUGAAGAAGCUGGAGGAACUGAGCAAGAACAUAGAUUCUCUGCACUGAAUUACUGAUAACUGAUCAAUGUUUAUUAUGGGUUAGACUGGUGCGGAGUAGUUAAGAUGACUUUUCACUUUGGUUUAUUGCAUGAUUCUAUUACUGAAUUUCUUCAUUUGCUUUCCAUGAGGGGUUCUGGUGAUUUAGGAAGGAAAUUCCCUCUAAUGUCUAAACAGGUUUGUAAACGAAUUUGUCUUGUGAACUUCCAAAACUUCUUAACCUCAUUCUUGUACUCUACCAUAGGAUAAUUCUGUCUCUGUUUUCAUACCGUUUGAUAUAUGGUGUAAUUAGAAAAUUCUGUCCUGCUGUGGUA